AUGAAGCUUAACCCCGAGAAGUGUGAAUUCGAGGUUAGCUUCGGUAAGUUCUUGGGAUUCCUGGUAUCACAAAGGUGGAUUGAGGUUAACGUUGAUAAAAUCAAAGACAUCGAGGAAAUGUCGAACCAGCUACCAAGCGUAAAAGAGGUUCAAAGGCUAAUGGGGAGAAUGGUCGAUUUGAGCAGAUUCAUUUCCCGAUCUUCAGAGAUAUGCCAUCAUUUCUUCUCGCUUCUCAAAAAGAAGAACAACUUUGAUUGGGCCCCGAAAUGUCAACAGGCUUUGAGGCAUUUGAAAAGGUAUUCGUCAAGUCCUCAGUUACUAUCAAAACCGGAGGAAGGUGAAAAUUUAUUGAUCUACUUAGUAGUCUCUGAGGUAGCGGGAAAGUUUCCUGAAGAUCCGAAGGCAUCAUGGGCGCUACGCACUAAGGCAGCGCGAUAUAGUUUCAAAGGAGGUCAAUUGUAUAGAAAAUCUUUCCAAGGCCCGCUGGCUCGAUGUUUGGGAGCCUCUGAAGCAAAUUAUGUUAUGCAAGAAGUCCACGAAGGGAUCUACGGAAAUCAUUCAGAUGCAGAUUCAUUA